UACAAUAAACGCCUGAUUUAGUUAGUACUAUUAUUUCCUAGGUCGGUGCUAAUGCAAAUCCAAAUCCAAAUCCAAACGAGAAAAAGAGAGAGAAGAGAGGGGGAGACAUAAUAACGGCUUUGUCCGUUGUUUCCAUUCUCUCUCCUUCUUCCUGUUAUUUCCCGCCACCUUUUCUUUCUUUCUUUUUUUUUUCAACCUGAAUCUUCAGACUUUUUCUGUAAUUGAAGAAUAUAUACAAGUAAUUUACAUAUAUUAAGGUUAUAUGGUAGCUUUUGAUGGUGAAAUUUUAACGUGAAUGUUCUUUAAUAUAUGCACAUUGAGAUGAGAAUUGGAGGAGUUGGUGAAUAAUAAGGAAAAAGGAGACAGAAAAGCAAUGACGGGGGAAACAAAAGGGGAAGUAGUAGAGAAGGGUGCAAAUUCCGGUGAAGAAGAGAGCAUUGUAGUUUCGGUGAGGCUGAGACCACUAAACGAGAAGGAAUUGGCUAGAAACGAUGGAUGUGAUUGGGACUGCAUUAGUAAUAAUACUGUUGCAAUCAAGAACAACCUUUCCGAACGUAUCACGUUUCCCACUGCUUAUACUUUUGACAGAGUAUUUGGGUUCGACUGCACCACAAAGCAGGUAUACGACGAAGGAGCCAAAGAAGUCAUUCUUUCAGUUGUCAAGGGUAUUAAUUCAACCAUUUUUGCCUAUGGUCAAACAAGCAGUGGAAAGACAUACACCAUGAAUGGAGUUACGGAAUAUGCAAUAGCAGAUAUAUAUAAUUACAUUGAAUUGCAUAAAGAAAGGGAAUUUGUUUUGAAGUUCUCUGCUAUGGAGAUCUAUAAUGAAGCUGUAAGAGACCUUCUUAGUGCAGAUGGUACUCCACUCCGACUUUUAGACGAUCCUGAGAAAGGUACUGUAGUUGAGAAACUUACAGAGGAGGUUUUAAGGGAUCAAAGCCAUUUGCUGGAGCUUCUUUCCAUAUGUGAAGCUCAGAGGAAGAUAGGAGAGACCCUUCAGAAUGAAACUAGCUCCAGAUCUCAUCAAAUUCUGAGAUUGACAAUUGAAAGUUCAGCUCGUGAAUUUCAACAAGCAAGACAUUCAAGUGCCCUUGCAGCUACUGCGAAUUUUGUUGAUCUAGCAGGGAGUGAGCGUGUUUCUCAAACAUUAUCAGUAGGAACAAGGUUAAAGGAAGGCAGCCAUAUCAACCGCAGUUUACUGGCCCUGGGAACUGUUAUUCGGAAGCUAAGCAAGGGAACAAAUGGGCACGUACCUUACAGAGAUUCUAAGUUAACACGUAUACUGCAAAACUCUCUGGGAGGCAAUGCAAGAACGGCCAUCAUUUGCACACUAAGCCCAGCACGUAGUCAUAUUGAGCAAUCAAGAAACACCCUCUUUUUUGCAAGUUGUGCUAAAGAGGUGACUACUAAUGCUAAGAUCAAUGUAGUAGUGUCAGAUAAAGCAUUGGUAAAGCAAUUGCAAAGAGAAUUAGCCAAAAUGGAAAGCGAAUUAAAGACCUUGACAUCAAAGCCUGUUUCUCAUGAUUCUGCUGUUUUACUGAAAGAGAAAGAACUUCUGAUUGAACAGAUGGAUGAAGAGAUAAGAGAACUGAGAAAGCAACGUGAUUUUGCAGAAUCUCGGAUUGAGAGUAUGCUACAAUCAGUUGUAGAAGACCAAGUUUCAAGGUCUAAUGAGUGUUUAAAAUUAAAAGGAUCAGAAUCAAAGGUUCGGAUCAGAAAUGGCAACCUUAAUAUAUUUAAUUCGAACAAUCACCAACAACUUUCUCAGACUUUUGAGGAGAGCAAUACUCCCAAGUCUUUUGCGUCUCCAUCUCAGGGUUGGGAGGAGACUGCUAUAGAAAAUUAUGCAAAAGCUGAAGAUCGUAUCUGCAAAGAAGUUCGUUGCAUUAAAAUGAAAGAAUCAAGAAUGGAGCAAAAUAGAUUGCAUGUUCUUCUCCCUAUUCCUGAAGAUAAGAGUGCAGGAAACUCAGUCGUGAGUGAAGAGAAUGAGUUGAGUGAGAAAGAAGGAAAGUCAGUCACGAAUGAAGAGGAGUUGAGCUCUGUUGUGACAGAUUGCAGUUAUGAUGCUUUGAAGCAAAAAGUUCAGGAGAUGCAAAAGACAAUUAACUCUCUUGUCAAUUAUUAUCCUUCAGAGGUUUCCCCUUGUUCCUCUGAAGCGUGCAUGUCUAACUCCAGAAGUUUGAUGUUGACUAGAAGUAGGAGUUGCAAAGCUGUCCUCACAACGAGCCCAUCUUUUGUUAGCUUGAAUGAGAAAGAUACUCCUAGAGCAGUGCAGAGCUUUUGGUGGAAUUCUCACAGAUCAGUUCGAGGUGCAAAUUUUGGGAAGCUAUCAAGAAAAGAUUCCAACAAUUCUAAUCUGAGUGUUUCCUUUGACAUGGAUGACACUAUUGAGUUCAAUGCAGAGGAGACUUUGGAGAAGAAAUCACAUGGUAGAGGAAAAGGAUUUAAGCAGAACCAUUCUAGAUCAAACAAUGGUCGUCACACUAGAAGGUUAAUUAGAAACGACUCUAGUGCUUCUAUUUUGAGCGCUUCCCUUGAGCCAGAGGAUACCAAAGAGUUUGAUGCAGAAGAGACCAAUGAGAAGGAAUCUCUUGAAAGAAAAAAUGGAAUUAAGCAACACCCUUUUAGAUCAAACCAUGGUCAUCACAAUAUAAAGUUAAUUAGAAACGAUUCUUGUGUUUCUAAUUUGAGUUCCGCCUUGGAGACACAUCAAACCAAAGAAAUUCAUCUACAAGGUGAGGACUUCUCUAGAAAAGAAAGGGGCCUGCGAGAAAAGCUUUUUAAAUUAAAAUAUGGUGCUAAGACAUCAAAAAUAUCCAAAAGACACUCUCGAGCUUCUGUGUUGAGUGCUCCUGCGGAGAGAUAUCAUUCUAAGGAGUCAGAUUCAGAGGAAAGCGUUCUCAACUUUGUGCCAGAGAAGAACAGAACCCAGUACAAAGAGGAGGUCAACCAGCAUACUGACAAUUUGGAACAAGAAGAAGAAGCCAGAAACCAUAGCAAUGCAGAACAUGCUCGUUUGGAAGGUAUGCAGGAUCGUAGGCACUCCAAUUUGAUUUGGCCAUUGGAAUUUGAGAAGAGACGGCAAGAAAUAAUUGAGCUGUGGGAUUUAUGUUAUGUACCAUUAGCACAUAGAUCCUAUUUCUUCCUUAUUUACAAAGGUGAGCGUUCGGAUUCUGUUUACCUAGAGGUAGAGUUAAGAAGGUUACAUUAUCUCAAGGAUGCAUUUUCGAUUGGGAGUAAUGUAAAGAAAGACUGUCAAAUUCUAACUCCAGCUUUAAGUUUGAAGAUGCUAAAUCGAGAGAGAGAAAUGUUAAGCAAGCAAGUGCACAAGAAGUUUCCUCUAAAGGAAAGAGAAAACCUUUACCAAAAGUGGGGUAUUAAGCUCAAAUCAAAACAGAGGAGUUUACAGUUAGCACGGUGGCUAUGGACGAAUACCAAAGAUAUUGAGCAUUCGAAGGAAAGUGCCCUUCUUGUUGCUAAGUUGGCAGGGUUUGCAGAGCCAGGUCAAGUCCCCAAGGAGAUAUUUGGACUCAGCUUCUUACCUCAACCCAUCAACCUGAAUCCCUUCGGAUGGAAAUACAUGUCUUCUAAAAUUUAACGAUUUGGAGGUUAACGAAAUUCUUGGUAUUUGCCCAACUCUGAUCGUCUGCCUUCCACUUGUAAUUUAAAAGAUUCUAACAGUAAAUCAUAAGGUUCUGAUUGUAAAUCAAGUCACUAAAAUGAGUAUACAAUACAUAUGUGUAUAUAUAUAAAUUUAUUUUACAAAACUUUCCAUUUUUA